AAAAGUGCAAUUAUGAUGUACAUUGUUUUACUUAGAGACAUAUUUUAUUCCCCUACAUAAAAGAAUAAAUACACAAACCUCGUCUUUCUUUCAUGUAGUUGCAACUGUUACAUAUUAAAGUAUUUUGGACAUUUCAAACUGUAUGGAUAUUAUAAUCCUUUGUUUAUCAGACUACACAAGAUUUCAUACACAAGAUAUCAUAUUUCUAUAUGACAGUAGCGUUAUUAUAAAUAUUUUUGGGUGACAUCCAUUAAUGUGUAGUAAUAUACUCAAAGUGGAUGGAUGUAGUACAGUAUGUGUUAACACAGGGAAAGGAAAUUGAACAACACUACCCCCUAGUGGUCAUUUGUUAUUUAUUGCUAUUGCUGUACAGUACUGCAUAGCUGCAGUGUUUAUCUUUUCAGAUCCUGUAUUAGUCACUACAUUGUCUAUCGGUGAAAAAUCUAAACAAAUUAGCAAACAUUAAAAAGUAAACAGUGAAUCAUAGAGUCUCACACACACAAACAGACACCCAAUCAGAUUAUCAUCAGGAAGUUCUUUUUUUCUUCUUACCCUUGACACAGUGUCGCCUGUUGUGGUUAUGAAUCAAGCACCUCCCUUAAACUGCACAUCUGAAAUUGUUGUCGCUUGCUGUUGUCUAGUUUAUUUGGAAAUUUGUCUGUAAAAAAAAAAUAAUUCAGAGAGAGAUGACGUCUGACAUCAGUCAGGAGGAGUUGGACUUUGCAGAUUUGUUUCUUUAUAAUCCACCAGAGGAUGACUUUUCUGGUGGCUUUAUGCAAGCUAAUGGCGAGCAACACCCACUUCAGGUGGUCAACACUUCAUUCAUUAAGGAUGCCCCAUCUCAAAGCCCUGCUAAUGAAAGUUCAUCAUCAGAGGUGGCUUUUGACUCCACGGGCUUGGCUACAAUACCAGGGAUAAUCCCAGCUCCGAGCCCCAGGAUUGAGAUCACUCCAUCCGGGGACUCCCUCGGCUCUCAAGCCCUGGAGCAGAGCCCCGGCUCCAACGUUCUGGGGACCUACCGGGAGUGUGCAAGCCCUGCCAGUAGCAACUCCUCCACAGGCUGGCCAGCAGAAGGAAGCUCUCCAUCAGCCUCGCCAAGCAUCUCUCCUUCCAAUAGGGGCAGAUGUGCGACGGAGUUGUCCACCCUAGAUCUCUGCCCCUACAUGCAGGGUAUCCACACUUGUUCUACCCACUCGUCUCCGGGUAACAGCUUCACCGAUGAGCCUUUUCUCCUGCCUCAACGCCAAGGAACCUCCUCACCACUAGUCCAGCGCCGCUCCCGUUCUGUCUCACCACAAGGAAAACGCACUCAUAACCAGAUCUUCUCCGCUCAGGAGGCCACUCCAGUCAAACAACGCUCCCGGAGCUCCAGUCCAAUCCCUUCGGCCUACGAACUCUUGGGGUCUUGUCACCUCCAUCACAGGCACAUUCAAGGCGCGUUCCAAACCCAAGCUCAGCUGCCGAGAUUAGGUCUAGAAGACUGCAGUCUCAACUCAUGUCAAGAAGUUUUGAGAAGCGUACAUGGGCCAAACCUUGGUGUAGGUUACGUGAACAGGGAUGGAGCUGAGGCCGGGACUGGAAGCUUCUGUGUAGUUCCAACGUCUUGGCCUCCUCAUCCAGUCCACCUUGGAGCAUUUGGAGGUCUUUCUUUAGUACCGCUGCCGUCGCUAGAGUGGCCAUUGCCUAGUAAGUCCGGUCAGUACGAGCUGUUGAUCCAACCCCAGCCAAGAUCUCACCACAGGGCUCACUAUGAGACCGAGGGCAGCCGUGGAGCUGUCAAGACACCCAAUGGCGGACACCCAGAAGUCCAGCUCUGCGGUUAUCAAGGAACGGCUCCGCUGGGGCUGCAGGUCUUCAUUGGGACGGCUGAUGAGAGACUACUGAAACCCCACGCCUUCUACCAGGUCCAUCGCAUCACCGGGAAGACCGUGACCACACCAAGCAUGGAGAGGAUGGUCAAUGGGACCAAAGUGUUGGAAAUCCCUCUCCAGCCAAAAAACAACAUGAGAGCUGUGAUCGACUUUGUGGGGAUCCUAAAGCUGAGGAACGCCGACAUUGAACUGAGGAACGGAGAGACGGACAUGGGGCGCAAGAACACCCGGGUUCGCUUGGUGUUUCGUGUCCACAUACCGCAAUCCGGGGGCCAGCUGGUGUCUCUUCAAGUGGCCUCGCUUCCUAUUGAGUGCUCCCAGCAUUCCGCUCAGGAGAUCCCGUUGGUCAAGAAACAGAACCUCGACCGAUGUUCUGUACUCGGUCGACAACAUAUGCUCCUGACUGGGCAAAACUUCAGCUGUGACUCCAGGGUGAUAUUCUCCGAGAAGACACAAGACGGCCUACAAAUCUGGGAGGUGGAGGCAUCUGUGGACCGAGAAAAAUCCAACGCUAAUAUGCUAUUGGUUGAAGUUCCUCCAUAUCGAGACCGGACCAUUUGCCACACAGCCAAAGUAAACUUCUAUGUCACCAAUGGGAAGAAGAAGCGCAGUGAGCCUCAGCACUUCAUCUACACCCCCAUGAUAGCCAUUAAAGUGGAGCCACUGGAUAGGUGGCAGCUUAAUCUGUGCGAUUACUCAGACAUCCAACCUCUGUCUGGCACAUCAGCAAAGUCGCUCAUCCACUGGCCGGAGCAGCAGAGCAAUAUUCAAGCAUUCAGUGUUUCCCCCACAAACGUCCAUAUAACCAAAGGCGCAGAUCAGCAGGAUUUCCAACCAGCGUUCUACCGUUCAAGAGCUGGCAACAUAACCAACAACACAGAGCUUCUUUAUGGCCCUACAAACCAACUCUUCCAUAACAACUGUGCUGCUGUACUCCAUGGUGGCUUUCUUACGGCAUCAAACCCUGCCAACAUCCAUGCCUUUGUAGUCCCACUCCCUCAAGCUGUUACUGUCAAAAAUCCUUCAGGCAAACCGAGUCAAGGCUCCGAGAUCAACCACGCAUUCCAGACUUAUUCAUCGACAGGACAUCAAAGUACCGUGCAAGCGGUGCAGUCUUUGGAAAAGUCACCGCCUUUGCGAUGGGUCCAAGGUGACAUUUGUGAGAAGGCUCAAACCCAGGACUCUAAACCCGACUCGGUCACAGCCAACCAAGAUGCUCGAACGGAGGAGAGACUCGCAGUCAAAGAGGAGGACCUGGGCUGUGUCUACCUGGAAGAUGUGAAUGACAUCAUACAUAGAGACCUGAGAGACAAUCACAGUGAUGUUGGAGGACCGCAGCGUCAUGACCUCUAAGGAAGCCUUACAACACCUAUACAUGCAUGGUUUUCAAAGUGUGGUACAGUGAGCCCCCCCUCUUAGAACAGAGAACAUUUACAGUUAACUGUAUAAGGCUUAAACUGAUUUUCUGGACCAUAUUUUGUUUUCUGCUGUGCUCUGUUUAGGAACUAAAAAUGUGUGGGAAUUGUGUAGGAAGUAAAAAUAAAUGUGUUUUCCCCUUUUGAUAUGACUGGAAGUUAUCAGGUUUGGAAAAAUGUUUUGUUGUUGUUUUUUGCCUGUUGCACCUCCUCCUCUUAAGUCAUAAGGGUGGGCCUUCUCACAUUUGAAUAACCCUGAUCUACAUUAAAUAUAAUAAUAAAUCGUAGCAUAUUUCAUGUUUUAGGGGAUGAUGUACAUUAUGUGACCACGUAAAGAAGAAGAAAGAAAAAACAUGGCUGAUAUAUUGUACAUACCACUGAUUAUAGACGUCAUUGAAUAAUCAGUAAUUGGCCUGGG